AAAUAAAGAACAAUUGAUUACUCCUGAACAAAAAGAAAAUGUCACAUUUGCCUUUGGAUGCACGGGCUAUACUGCAGCAUUUAAAUGAUUUGGGCUAUAGAAAUAUAUCCGCCGAGCAACUACGUGAAUUUCUAAAAGACUUGCGCAAACUCAUCAAGUAUGAGGAGCGUCUGGCGGAGGGCCCAAAGGACGACAAUUUCAGCAGGCUGCAUAAACGGGGCACCGUCAGCUCGCGUGCCAAAUUAGGAGGAGAGAACGAUAAAGACAAGGACAAGGAGAAUGCCGCUCCAGCAUCAACAAUUGAGGCAACAGCAGGCAAGGAGAAAAAUUCCAAGACUGAUGAGAGUGAGACGCGUUUAGCUGGCGGUAUUGCCAUGUCGGAAAUUGCUCGUCUGUUUCGCGAUAAGCUCUUUCUGGGUAGUUCCAAACCCGGUCCUGAUGCCAGCCAGAGUUCAACUCCUGUCCAGAGUUCAGCUCCGCUCAGCAAGCGUCGCAGUCGCAGCAAAACACGCAAGGCGGCACAAAACGCACCUUUUCUAUCCAGCGGAGAGUCCGAGGCCAAUCUGGAUCAUCCAAUGACUCGUCGUCAUCGUGGCUCCAAAUCGCGUCCGCGUAGCUCCAGCCUUGGCGCCUCAUUAGUACGCCGUCGUGCUAAGUCGAAGAAGGAAGGACGCAUGACCGAUCCGGUGGCCCUGUAUCAGUACUACCAGAACGAGUGGGCCUACUUCCGCGAACAGAUACCUGGCACAAAUGCACACAAAAACGCCCGGUCCAGUGUACGCCACAAGCUAAUGGUUCCAAAGCCCUAGUAGAAGAGAAGAUCACCUAUCCACCAUAGUUAUUAUUUACAUUUUAGAUAUUUUUGAUACCUUUGACAAAUCCUAUGACUCAUUGUUGUACUCGUAACUUUCUAAAAGGUUCAACAAACGAAUAAACUACUAUUACAAUUAAAA